AUGGAGAAAGCGCGUGGUGAGGAAAAAGUUGGACGAAAUAAAAUUCCGAGAACAAUAAAGUUUGCUAUAGAAAGGUAUUAUAAACAGACUUAUGCUGAGGUUAGAGAACGAAUUCCGAAAGAGGUUUUAGCCGAUUAGAGCACAUUGGAAAAGCAGGAGGUGAUAGCAAAAUAUUUGGAAGUUUUAAUCAUAGAUCCAUUGGCUUUGAAACUUGCUUAUUGUAAAUCACUAGGAAGAUGUGGAAAGCAGAUACGUUUUAGGAUGUUCAAGAGUGGUAAGUUGUUGGAAGGAUGUGGACGACCUUCAUGUUGCAAUGAAAACUGUGCUUCUUCUGGGAAGUUCGGAAAGUUGUCAAAUGAUGAGGCUGCUGCUCGCGCUCUUGAAUGCUUGAGAUCACAUGCUGCACUCUGUGUCUCUCUUACCGAAGCAAGAGAACCUGCCAAACCCCCUACAAUCGUAAGUCGUUUGGAAGAACUUAGCGAAGCUAGGGUCGGUGCCGUUUUAGAUGAAUGUCGCAGCAAGGGUGACUGGAUGCUAAUGUGUGAAUACUUUGGGCACACUUUUGCAAAUUGCGAUGUGCUACUUCGCUCUUUUGUUAAUGAAGGAUUCAGUUUCAUGUCUGACAAGGGUUUUGGACGAUCUGCUAUAGACGCACCGUCUUCGAAGUUGAUAGCUAAUGAGGGGCAAGCUAAUGCACCUAGGAAGCGUCGAGUUUUAGAGCGUGACGAGUUGAAGUCGUCUGGCAGUAGUGCUAAUGAUACUUCUAUAAGAAGAGCUGAGAUGAAUAAUGGGACAGAUGAAAUGAACAAAGAGGUGAUGUGCAAUGCAGAAGCUGAGUCGAUGGAUACUGGCGAACUGAAUGCGUCACUCGCUGGGCAAGAUACUUCUCGGAAAAUUCAUGAAGUAACUGAUAUUCGAUUUGAAGGUGCAUCCAUUGAAGGCAAAAAUUCACAGAAAAUUAUUCCAGACGUUCUUAAUAGACAAAAGGACGGAAGAGAGCAUUUGUCUAUCACUGAUGAGCUUAAAGAUGGAAGGUGUCCAACGGACUUGGUUACUGCUCGUCGGUGUUUUCGUGCAUUAUUUGCUAAUUCUAUAGAGUAUGAUCACUAUUUACAAGCAGCUAUGGAUGCAGUUGUUCAUCUGUGUCAUGACUUAGAUUCUGUGCUGCAGCACGAUCAUGUUUGGGAAGAAAACCCUUCUGGAAUUGUUCAUAUUUUAAAUUUAAUUUUUGAACUGCCCUUCAUUGGGUGGGUUGAAUUUAUUGAAGUUGGAUUCACUGCGCUUUGUAAAAUGUGCGCGAACUUGGGAACUAUUGGGCAGACCAUUGUGGCUUCUGUAUGGGCUGGUUUUGAUGCUGAAUGGAUUCAAGACAAAGUAAAUUGGAUUCAACAAGGCCUUACGGUACGAGUUUUAACGUUGAUAGAUACCGUAGGUGCUUUACCAGUUUUUGAAGAUCGUUCCGAACCUUUACCAACCACGAUUCAAACUCUUUCGAUUUUGUAUGAAACAGUGCUAAUAAAAUCUAAAAGACUUAUGCAGAUAUAUUUAGAGGAUGUAUCACUGCUGACCACCGAUUUACCAAGCUUAGCAGAUACUCGUAAAGAAGUUGAAGUUCCAAGCAGCUUAAAUUCAGAUGACACUCAACAGAACACACAUAACGAGCAGUGCACUUCCUUAUCCGAUGUACUAAGGAAUCAUAGUUCCAGACAUGGAGAGGAAGAGGAAGGCCACUGUGAAAAGGAUAUAUUAGAUGCUUGGACUGUCUCUAGUAACUGUCUAUGCGUACCUCUCUCCGAGUUCCACAAUGCAACUCUGAGCGAAAAUUUUUGCGCCGAUAAAGACUUCUUUUCUUUCAUGUCAAACCAGAAUACUCCUACCUAUUCCGUGAUGCCGAAGUAUUCGUUUGUUUUAUCUACAGAGGUAAAGCAGCGGUUUCUGAUUUUAUUCAACAGAGUACGGCAGCAAAAUGAACGAAGAAAUGCUAUUGCUCAGGCCAUUUUUCAAAGAGCUAUGCUACAACCUUAUUUGCAGCUGACAGUUCGUCGAGACCAUGUAGUUCGCGACGCUCUCGAUGUUCUUGCUGCUGUUGCGCUUGAUGAUGUCUCUAACUUUAAGAAACAGUUGAGGAUAUCAUUUGAUGGUGAACACGCAGUUGAUGAAGGCGGUGUUUCUAAG